AUGACCGACCACUGCACCCUCACCGUGCACACCUUCCACCCGGUGCCGCCCUCGCUCCACCUCGACCCGGCCCUCAUCGCUCAGCGAACCCACCGCGCUCAGCGCCUUGUGCGCUCGCUGUGGGACUCGCCUGCCACCGCGCACUCGGCACCAGCGUGCAGGCUCGACCCGCCCCUCGAACCCCUCGCCGGCACCAAGUCGUACUCGUCCGCCCCACCUCCAGAAGCUGCGCCUCGUAUCCUCCGCUCGGCCCACCCUCGGCCCGCCACGACGCCGAUCUCGCCGCGCCAGCUCCCCGCCUUCUCGCACUGGACCGGCUCGCCCUCGUCCUCGCCUCCUCCUCCUCCGCCAGCGCCAGCACCCGCCCGGUCCAACAAGCGCCGCGCCUCCUCGCCUCAACCCGCACCGACGCAGGGCAUCCUCAAGAAGCACCCUCGCGUCGCCGGCGCAUGGAGCGACGCCCCGUCGACCGCACCUGGAGGAGGGGCGGCACCGGGUCGCGAGCGCAAGCGUGUCCGCGUCGAGAGCCCGAGGAGCAGCGAGGCCAAGGCGGCUGCGAGGCGGGCGAGCUUCGGCUUGGGCGGGGCGGGCAGUGCGGGCGGCGAUGCGGGUCCGAGCGCGGGCUCGAGCAGGGCGAGGGAGCUCGUGCCGCCGACGCCGCCGAUGCGGCCCGUCUUCGUCGAGCCGGCCGAGCGCGAGGAAAAGGAGGAGCGGGAGGAGGAGGAGCCAGAGCGCCCGGACCUCGCUCGAGAGGCGAUCCAGCGCUGCAUCCCCUACCCCUACGCGCAACCCGCACGUCCACCACGCCCAGGCGAGGCGCCCAACCCGGCGCGGCAGCACCCCGCACGCGUCCUCCACUCGUUCGUCGACCCGCUGUGGACGUCUGCGCCCAUCGCCGUACCCCUCUCGCGCACCGCCACCACCUCAGCCUCGACCUUGACGUCGCAGACCCAGACCCAGACGCAUGGAGGCGCACACUCGACCUCGUCCCUCCCGCUCGACUCGCCCGCGACGCUUGCCGCCCUCGCGCCCGGCCGGCGCGGCGCAUGGCUCCUCCCGCUCUCGGGCCCGCUCCCGAGCUUCGUCGCCUCGUCCUCUCCCUCGUCCACAUCGUCCUCGUCCGCCGCCAACGCCGCCGCGACGACGGCACCCGCCGUCCCCGCCUUUUUCGCCCGCCCACCUCAUCGCCGACGCCGCUCGUCGUCGACCUCGUCCACGAGCGCGACGAGUACUACGAGCAGCCGUGACGCUCACGGGCACCGCCGCCUCGAGUGGACCGACGCGCGCGUGCGCGCCGUGUGGGACUGUGUCGCGCAGCUCGGCGCGGCGGGCGGCGCGUGGGGCGUCGUCAGGUGCGACGCGUGGUGGCCGCCUGACGAGGUUGAGGGACCGGGAGAUGGAGGGGGACGAGGCGGCGGCGGGCGAGGAGAGGGAGCGGCGGGACGAGCGCGAGCCGGCCGAGGAGGAGCAGGAGCAGCAGACGGGGGCCCGAGCGCCUGGCCGGCCCUGCUGCGCAUCGCGUGCCCGGCGCACCUCGCGCUCGCGCUCCGGGGCUUGCUCGCGCAGGUGAGCGUGAGCGCGCUCGUGCGCGCCGCGCGGCGGAGGACGGCGGCGGCGAGGAGCGAGGGAGGGGUCCGAGCGGGCGAGGGAGGGGAGGAGGACGAUGCUGGGCCGCAAGAGGGCACGGCCGAGGACGACAGCGACGAGGAAGACGACGACGACGACAGGUUCCUGAGAGGCAGGAGGCUCGUCUGGGUCGACGAGGAGGGCGCGCCGGUCCUCAUCGCCUGAGCGACUUUCUCAACUCGAGCGAGACAUGCUGCAUUGCGAGAAGUUCUACCAUCUC